ACACGCCAUCUCAGUAUCUCUCUCAUCUACUGACUGCAUCCAUGAUAUAUACAGCAGUUCAGAACUCCAGAUUACACUGGGGCAAUCCCUUGCACUAAGCACUCGCCCCUGCUUAGAAGUAUGCACAGUCGAGUGUAAAAAUUACCACAUGGGAUGUUUGGCUAGCAGUUUAAUUCCAGUGUGAUGAACUGAUGACAAGUGAGGUAACUGUGAAAAUAAUACGGAGUGCGAAGUAGUUCAGAAACUAUGCCUAAGAGUUCAUCGGAAACAAAAAAUAAGUCCAGUAUGGAAUCUGAACUUAGAAGUGACCGUGCAGGACUUGGUUGCAUACAGCAUGAAGGAAGCAUUGAAGGCAGUUUUUUUUUAUACAGUACAUUACUGAUGCCGCGACAUGACAUGAGCUGAGCUGAAUGUACAGAAGUACAACAGCUUGCCAUCAACAGCAUGGUGAGCAGACGAGACACCAGCACAAACUACAUGUUGCUCUGUCUGAACGUGCACGCCUAGAACUAAUUUCUGCCUCCAUAAGCACAAACCACAAGAAGGAUCCGAUGACCAUUGUUCAACGAAACUCGAGCAGGAAGCCAGGAAAGCACUAGAUUAGUAGCACUAGCAGUACCUUUUUUGGUAUCCCAGCUACGGAUCAGAAAGUAGAUGUCUCCUGUUCUUUUGGAUCCGAGCUAUUGUCAAUAUGCAUUCUGACGCUGCUGUUCGUAUUUGUCCAAGUCGUGCACGGCAAUCCAAAAGUUCUAUAUCGUGUGAUUGCUGUUACUAAGUUCCAUGGCUAUGCGUAUUUAACUCUAGUUGGGUGAAAAGCUACUGACAUGUUGUCUCUAAUAAAGUUAGUUGACACCUCUGAUAAAAGCGUGGAAAGAGUUAGGUGAUGCACCAGAAAACAUGAACACCAAGCAGAAGAUAUUGACCCGAGAAACUCUAGUACUUCUACGAAGUCCUGAUGAUCAGUGACAAAUUUGAACCCUUAAAAAUUCCAGAUGUCACAGAAGUUCUAAACUCUGUCGAGCCAACUAGCCAAUUUUGCAUCUCUGUGUAACACUGCUGCUUCACAAAUCUAGGUGAAAGUUGGGCCCCUUUCAGUCUCCCCCAUGGGCUUCGGAACAUGGGCAUGGGGCAACCAGCUGCUCUGGGGCUACCAAGAAAGCAUGGACAGUGAGCUCCAGGAGUGCUUCAAUUUGGCUCUGAAGAAUGGCAUAAACCUCUUCGAUACCGCCGACUCCUAUGGAACUGGGAAGCUGAAUGGCCAGAGCGAAAGGCUGCUUGGAAAAUUUAUCCGCGAGUUCGAAGGGCCGAUCAAAUCUCCAGACGAUGUAGUCAUAGCGACAAAGUUUGCCGCGUAUCCUUGGCGGCUAACGUCAGGCCAAUUUGUCAACGCUUGCAAGUCUUCGCUAGAAAGGCUACAGAUUGACCGCCUCGGGAUAGGGCAGCUUCAUUGGUCGACUGCAAACUACGCGCCUCUGCAAGAACGCGUGCUCUGGGACGGUUUAGUUGAAAUGUAUGCCAAGGGGCUUGUCCGGGCCGUAGGUGUCAGCAAUUACGGGCCGAAGCAGCUGCUGAAGAUCCAUGGCUAUCUAGCGUCUAGAGGCGUCCCCUUGAGUUCAGCUCAGGUCCAGUUCUCGCUACUGAGCAUGGGCGAUGAGCAGAUGGAAUUGAAGUCCGUGUGCGAUUCACUUGGGGUUCGCCUAAUCGCUUACAGCCCGCUUGGGCUGGGCAUGCUCACCGGGAAGUAUGAUGCCUCCAACCUACCAAAUGGGCCGAGGUCUGUGCUGUUCCGGCAGAUUCUUCCCGGGCUUGAGUCGUUGCUGUCUUGUCUCGGGAGUAUUGCAGAAAGAAAGGGGAAAACCAUGUCUCAAGUGGCCAUAAACUGGUGCAUCUGCAAAGGCGCGGUUCCUAUCCCCGGCGUGAAAACGGUGAAGCACGUGGAGGACAACUUGGGUGCGCUUGGCUGGAGGCUGAGCCCCUCUGAGAUUUCAGAACUCGAAGCUGCAGCCAUGGAUUCUCCCAAGAAAAUGCUCCAGAACAUAUUCCAAACCGCAUGAUCGAGCACAACCAACGCAGAGAGAUGACAUCAACAUGAAACGUACAGCUUACUGUUCAUCGCCUGCCUACUUCAAGUUCAAUUCGCACAUGCUUAUUCCGUUACAUCUCCCAGUUCCCCGAAGUCUAAAUCAUACAUGCAGCUUAACACA